UUUAAUUCCCCCCCCACCCCCCGCGCCCGCUUUGACCUCACUAUAAGGUGGGAGCUGGGGGCCGAGCGCCUUUUCGGAGCGACCGGCCGCCGGCCCGUGGCUGCGCGCCGCUAGCCGGGAUGCCUCUCCCCGCGGCGCUGCUGCCGGCGCUGCUCCUGGGGCUGCUGUGGCCGGGGGCGGUGCGCGGCCGGCCGCCCCCGGGCCGACUCCCCGCCGGGCCCCGCCAGCGACGCUGGGACGCGGCACUCUUCGCCCGCUCCGUGGCGCGUCUCCCGGCCGAGCGCCGCGACGCCGCCCGCGACGGCGACUACCUCCUGGGCAUCAAGCGGCUGCGGCGCCUCUACUGCAACGUGGGCAUCGGCUUCCACAUCCAGGUUCUGCCCGACGGCCGCAUCGAUGGGAUCCACAGCGAGAACCGAUACAGCCUGCUGGAAAUCUCCCCUGUGGAAAGAGGAGUGGUGAGCAUAUUUGGUGUGAGAAGUGGACUCUUCGUGGCCAUGAAUAGCAAAGGCAAACUCUAUGGAUCUACCCAUUUCAAUGAUGAGUGCAAAUUCAAAGAGAUUCUCCUGCCAAACAACUACAAUGCUUAUGAAUCCAGGAUUUAUCCCGGGAUGUACAUAGCCCUGAGCAAAAACGGAAGAACAAAGAAAGGCAAUAAAGUAUCUCCCACAAUGACGGUGACACAUUUUCUUCCUAGAAUCUGAGACAUC